ACGAAAUGCAAUUCCUGAAACUGAAGGGGUUGAUCGAGGAGUGUCGGGAUCAUGGAUACAUAUUUGCUCUUGAUGAACCAGAAGGCGGACGAAACGAUCUUGCCCGGCAGUCCCUGGACUCGGGCUUUUUCAUUUGGCCUAUGAUCGUUGAUGAUCCGCCAGCCGAGUCAUCUCUGGUCAUGGAGGAGCAAUUUGGCCCUAUAAUCCCGUGUGUGCCAUUUUCAAACGAAGAUUCUGUGAUAGCAGCUGUCAAUGGUACACCGACGGGGCUGAGUGCGAGCGUGUGGUGUGGUUCCACUCAUACUGCGCAGAGAAUUGCGAGUCAACUAGAUGUUGGGACUGUUUUUAUCAAUGGACCUAGUCGGCCUGAUCCACGUGUGCCAUUUUCUGGUCAUAAGGAGAGCGGGAUGGGUGUUGAGUAUGGGUUGAUGGGUCUGGUCGAGUACUGUCAGGUUAAGUCGAUCGUCCGAUAUAACAAAAUGAGGGCCGAUAUGGAGAAGCGCGCAGCAGACAUGGGGUUGAACCUCACCAAUUCAAAUUUCGAGUCUCUAAUACUCGGAAACUCGGAUGGCACCAUUGGGGAGGAACAGGAGAAGGACGGACACGCUCCCGUGGGGCUAUUUGCGGGCUGGUGGAUUGACUGGUGGAUUAAUACGGAAAAGCAAUAA